AUGGCCUUCCUCGAGGACACGCGGGAGGCCACGGCCGACGGGAGCGACGAGUUGGGCGCCGAGAUGGGCGAAGAGGUCGAGGUGUUUGCAAAGUUCCUCGACGAGUGCAUCCUGCCGCGGGGAUCGACAGCCGAACAGCGGGCACGCAUCUUCAAGCUGGUCGACCACUACUACGGCUAUGCGCGCGAGACGGCCGACGUGAUGCGCGAGCGAGCCCGCUUAGCUCGUCUAGCCCGUGGCAGUAACGACAGCACCGGCAGCAAUAGCAGUCACAACGGCAACGGCAACGGCAUCGGCAGCAUGGGCCUAGAAGUGCGGGCUUUGCAGCUGCACGAUCGGAGAGACGGCGAGAACGGAGAGAAUCAGGUUGCGGCAUCCAGCGCUCGUCAGUGGGAGGAAGAGGCCCAGACUUGGGACCUUUUGCGAAGACUGCUGCCGUUGCGGUAUCGCGACAGAAUAGCAGCAGCAGCAGCAGCAGCAACAGCGCCAACACCGACAACAACAGCCGGUCGUCCUCCGCAGACACGACGGGAAUACUGGGCCGACUUUGUGCUGUCAGAGCCAAAGGCACGUGAGCGCAAGACCGUGCUCGAGUGGCUGCAGAGCAGUGCCAGCAGCAGCCGACGGCCGAUCGAGGAAACGGUCCAGGAUCUACAGCACAGCGCCGAGCGUGGCGAGAUCGUGGCCCACGGCUGGCUGCACACGCGCGGUGCCAUCAAGCAGCACAAGCGACUAGUAGCAGCCUCGGAACCGCUCGAUCCAGCCAGCCCCGAUCUUGCCCAGUCCAACCUCGAGGUUCCGGUGCGGCUCGUCACCCAGCUCGAUCCAGACGUCGUCACGCGCCAGACCAACCGCCGCCUGGCACCGCAAGAUGCAUUUUUCGAGCAGGCUAUCUGGCUCGGCUGCUAUGAGCUGUUGCGACGCGGCCGUAGCAUGGCCGAGAUCCGUGAUUGGUGUGUCGAGCGCACAGAGCUGUGGAGGGCCGCCUCCGUCUCGGCUCUGCCGCUGUCAAGCAGCAGCGACGACGACAGCGACGACAGCGAUGCGUCCGGCUUCGACUGCCUCUCCAUGGUGCUGUGGCGCCGCAUGUGCUACCGUCUGGCCCAGGAGGCGGCUUCCAGCAGCCAGCCUGAGCGGCGCUAUGAGCGCGCCGUCUAUGGCAUCCUGUCGGGCGAUUUGGCCAGCGUUGAGGCCAUCAGUGUCUCGUGGGAUGACUUGACGUUUGCCCGCUACAACGCUGAGCUGCGCGCCCAGUUCGACGGCUAUCUGGCCCGCCAGGCCGACAGCUCUGCUUUACACGCUUUGCAGCUGCUCCACAGCGACGUGCCGGUCGAUGUCACCGUGUCUGCGUCGUCCUCUGCUGCAGCUUCGGCAGCCCGAGACCGCGAGGACCGCGUGCGCCGGGCAGCCAACACGCCAGCCAAGGCGCUGCAGGCGGCCAUCCUGGACGAGAAGCUGGACGCCUAUCUGUUCCAGCAGGGGGCUUUGUUGGCUGAGCACGCAAACGCGAUCCAAGAGUCGAAGCUGCUUCCACGCUAUGACACGUCGGCAGCCGUCGUGGCAAAGGCCGGCCAGCAGCAGCUACAGACAUCCGAAGGCCGUCGGUUUGUCGACCCGUCAGAUGCCCACUGUCUGCGGAUCCUGGCGCAUGUGCUGAUCGUCGUGAACGCGCUGGACCGACUGGAUGGGCGCGGCAAGGAUGCGGCAGCGCUGGGCCCGCUGGCACGGCGCCACCAGACCGAGGAGCAUGUCAUCGCUAGCUUUAUCAGCCUGCUGCGGCUGGGACGGCUGGAGGAGCUGAUCCCGCUGUAUGCGUCCAAGCUGCUGGGCGACCGCUGUUAUACCAGCAUGGCGUUUAAUCUGAUCCACCUGGAGGAGCGAGAUGUGCAGCUUAGGUUGCUGCAUCUCAUGCGUCGUCUCGGCCUCGACGUGAUCAAGUUUGUGCAGGUGCAGCCGCAGUUGUUCUUGGCCGACGUCGUUGAGGGCGCAGCGGGCGAGUGUCCAGCGCGGGAGACGUUUCGACUGCUGCAGGACAGCCCGCCCACGCUCAAGUUUGGGCGCUUGCUCCGGCCUGGCUUCUUUGGGGGCACCUCGGGUCUGCCGGGCGAUGAUCAGGAUGACCUGGUGAUUGUUGACCGCAAAGAUGAGCUGCUGAUACGAUCGCUGGAGUGGAUGAUGCUGGUGGACGGACUGGUGCUGGAGACGUGCGGCUAUGGCGUGCGCAUAUACAAGUAUUUCCUCACUGCACGAGUCCUGUCGUCACGGGUGCCGUGUUGCGAAAUCAUUCGGCAAAAGACGCGAUUUGGACAGGACAUGUCGGAUGAGAACGACCCAUGCUGGUGGGAGGAGCUGUUUGGGACGCAGUCGACGGGCAAGGCUGGCAGCAACGGAUCGGCAGUGGGCGACGUGAUAGACGAUGAGAUGGCCUUUAGCAACGGGGUCGAUGGGGUAGACGCGAUUGGCGGCGAGCCGUCGAAGAACGAGGUGGCGGCCCACGCGCGGCCGCUCUUUGAGCUGGAGUGCCUAGUGAACGCGCUGGACUGUCUGGAGACGACGUCGAUGCUGUCGGCCAUGAUGGCCAACACACACACAGAUCCGGCUCGUGACCGCAAUGUCGCCAAGAACAUUGACGAGAACACCAAGUUCCUUAACGGUUUCAUGCGGCCGCUGCUCAGCGGCUGGCUGCUGCAUUCUGUAGAUGGUGAGCAUUCUGUGUCCUCUGUUUCCACCUCACUCUACCACUUGCUCACACUCACAGAUGAUCGCGAUUCCCGGGCGCUGCGCGAGACAUAUCUCCCGCAGGUGGUCAUUGGCUUUGCCAGCACACUGCAGUUUGCGGGCACGACAUCGUCGCGUGACUACCUGCUCGAGUGCAUGGAGCUUGCGGCGGCCGUGGCGGCCCCUGGCAGCGACUUGGCGACGGUGCUGGUUCAGACCGGCCGGAUGCGCGAGCUGGUAGAGUCGUUUGCUUCUUGCAGCAAAGCGUUGGCCAUCUGGACGAGCGACCUGAAGAAGGGACCGGGCGCGGUCAGCAAGAAGACGCGGGAGAUGGGCUGGUCGCGCGAGCUAUGGUCGGUGAAGCAGUAG